AUGACGGGACUGAGGCAGGUGGGGCAUCCCUUACACGGGGGACCCGAGUCCAUUGGACAGCAGCUCGGUUACUCGAUGGAGAACAGCUUGGGCACCUGGAUUGUCCGAGCGAGGCAGGCAGCUCAUUGUGAAUUCACGCAGGUGAUGGAUGGCCAUCAAAACCAGAAGGAAAGAAAAGGAGUGUUCCGGGAACCUUACCUCGCUGAAAUCCCCCCAACGACGGAUUGGCGAAAAGAAGGCUGUGUCACUCCCGUGAAGGACCAGGGUCACUGUGGUUCUUGUUGGGCAUUUAGUGCAACUGGUGCCCUUGAGGGACAGAUGUUCCGGAAAACUGGCAAACUUAUCUCACUGAGUGAGCAGAACCUUGUGGACUGCUCUCAGGCUCAAGGCAAUGAGGGCUGCAGUGGUGGCCUAAUGGAGAAUGCCUUCCAGGAUGUGAAGUCCAACGGGGGCCUGGACUCAGAGGAGUCCUAUCCAUAUCAAGCAAAGGGUGGACCCUGCAAAUACAGGCCUGAGGACUCCGUUGCCAAUGACACUGGCUUCGUGGACAUCCCUGGGCAGGAGAGUGCCCUCGUGAAGGCAGUGGCAACCGUGGGGCCCAUCUCGGUGGCUAUAGAUGCAAGCCGUCUUAGCUUCCAGUCCUAUGAAGAUGGCAUUUAUUAUGAGCGGCGCUGCAGCAGCGUGGAUCUACUAGAUCAUGGCGUUCUGGUGGUUGGCUAUGGCUUUGAAGGAGAAGAUUCAAGUAACAAAUAUUGGAUUGUCAAGAACAGCUGGGGUGAAACUUGGGGCAAGAAUGGCUACAUAAAGAUGGCCAAAGACCGGAACAACCACUGUGGAAUCGCCGCCGCGGCCAGCUGUCCUACUGUGUGAGAUGAUGGUGAUAAAGAAAGACUUGAUGGAGAACAGGAUAUCCAGAGGAGGAAUUUUUGUCUUAA